CUUCAGACGCAUGAGACAGCCGGAUAAACUUCGGUGUAACAUUGAUUUAAUUGGUACCAGUCACACAAAUCUUCUGCGAGCGGUGCGUAAAAAGCAACCGGGAAGAAGCAAAUAAAAACAAAGCGCGAAAAUGGAGUUUGCUGGAACAACAAAACGAAAAAAUAAGCAAGUUAAAGGCAAAACUUCAGAUAAAGCAUACAAUCAAAAACUUCAGUUGUAUAAAAUACCACCAACAGAUACGAUAUCUCUCUAUGAGUUUGAAGAUUUUGCUGUUGAAAGGCUGAAAGUUCUGAAGGCUGUUGAAACUGCAGGAGAGAAGUAUGUCAAAACUUCCGCUGACUACGAGACAUUCAUGCGUGAGCAACUCAGAAAUACCAAGUUUAGCAAGCUUGCCAAGGGAGACAGAAAAGAUGAAGACGGUGACUUGAGGAGAGUAGACCACAUCUCUCAUUUUAUCCUAAGAUUGGCUUACUGUAGAUCAGAGGAACUGAGGCGCUGGUUCUUACAACAAGAGUUGGACUUGUUCCGUUUCCGAUUCAAAUUGACUUCAGAUGAACACAAAAAAGAAUUUCUUAAAGAGAAUAAUUUAAACUAUGAAUCAAUAUCAUCGGAGGAAAAGAAUAGAUUACAAGAGCAGUUGGCAGUUGUCUCGAAUAUAGCAGCAAGCUCUGUAGAAACUAUAGAAUACUUCAAGGUACACUUUACAGAAGUAUUAGAUUUAGUACAGAAGAGAAAGGUUUACCUGCACAAAGGAAAGGCCUUUGUACCAUACACUGAAAUGAUCUCAUUGUUGCUAGGUGUUUACAGAUCACAUCUCUCACAAGCCCUUGCUAUAACAGCAAGAGCCUUGCCUCACUUAGAGGAGGAUGAACGUCUGUUACCGAUGUUGUGCAGUCUUAGUAAGCGCUACAUUGGAUCUGAUUAUAACCUUAAGAAAAAUUCUGUAGGACAAGUCACUGCAGACAUGAUUGAUAUGUUGUCAAAGAAGUCUUUCCCAUUGUGUAUGAGUCAUCUACAUACAUCGAUGCGUCAGAACCAUCAUCUGAGGCACGGAGGUCGACAACAGUAUGGUCUUUUCUUAAAGGGAAUUGGACUCAGCCUGGAUGAAGCUAUCAAAUUCUGGAGAUCUGAGUUCACUAGACUCAUAGAUGCAGAUAAGUUUGAUAAGCAGUACUUGUACAAUAUCCGACAUAACUAUGGUAAAGAGGGGAAGAGAGCAGAUUACACACCAUACAGUUGUAUGAAGAUUAUAGUGUCUAAUGCACCAGGACCUGGUGAUGCUCAUGGUUGCCCAUUCAAGCAUACAGAUAUGGACUUGUUGAAACAGAAACUAAAAAACAUGUCAAUAGGAGACAGUUACUUGGACAAGAUCAUGUCGGAAGUGAAAGCAGGUCGGUACAAUGUUGCAUGUACAAGGUAUUUUGAGGCAGCGCACAAACUACCUGUGGAGUACCAGGCUCAAGCAUUCAGUCAUCCUAACCAGUACUUUGAUGAGAGCCAGCGCGUCUUAAAUGGCGACAAUAAAACUUCCUCAUUGGGAACACCAAAGACACCUCGUACCCAGAGAGUAUCUUCGCAGCAAUCCCAGGGAACUCCAAAAUCUCAGCCAAUCAGCAACAGUGGCCAGUCUUCUACACAAAGUAACGGUCUAGAUGAAAUGGACGAUGAUUUUGAUAUAACAGAGGCAGAAAUGUCAAUGCAUGCAGAUCGAUAGAGUGAAAACUGAAUUUAACAUAUUUUUAUGGUAAUAAAAUUCUUAAAAAUGAAAUGGAAAAUAGAUUUUAUGUUUAAGGUUCUUCUUCAUACAACACAUGUGAUAAAGUUAUUGUGAUUGUUCAUGCAAGUUCAAGAUUUUUAAACUUGGUAAUGAAUGUCUGUAAGAUUAUGUUGAAAAAAAGAGAAGCUGAUGAUUUUGAUUCCGAAACAGCAAGAUAUUAAAUCUACUUUGGAAUAAAAUGUCUGGGAUUAUCUAGUACCAGAAACAAG